UAAUGAGAUGUUUGCAGCCGGAGAGCAGGGCUGCUGGAGACUAACUGUGAGCAACUAACACACGGGUGGAAGACUAGCUUUUGCAAUACUCGGUUUGCAUGUACUGAAAGUCAUCUGUCUUCUGAGUCAACAUUCCCGGCCUGGUAAAGAACCUUCAGGGCUCUGGUGAACAAGCUGUAGCACCUCUUCUGCCUGUGGGCGUUUUGUCGCUUCCUUCUGCAAGACUGGCACCAGCAGAAAUGCAAUCUCAGAGAAUUCCUGGGAGAAAGCGAGGCCGACCCCCACUUCACUCAACACCUAUGAAGAUGGCAGUUCAUAAUCUUUAUUCUCCGUCAGCUGGCUCUUUACCAGCAGUGAAGAUCCCGAAGAAAAGAGGGCGGAAGCCUGGGUACAAGCUCAAGUCUCGGGUUCUCAUGACUCCCUUAGCCCUCUCACCUCCACGGAGCAGGCCGGAACCCGACCUCAGCAACAUCCCUCAGGACGCAGCCACCAUCCCCAACCUGGUUGUCCCACAGGCCCUCAAAGUCUGCCUCUACAUCAACAAGCAGGCCAAUGCGGGGCCAUACUUGGAGAGGAGGAAGGUGCAGCAGCUCCCUGAGCACUUCGGGCCCGAGAGGCCAUCAGCGGUCCUGCAGCAGGCAGUGCAAGCUUGCAUCGACUGUGCUCACCAGCAGAAGCUGGUCUUCUCCCUGGUCAAUCAGGGCUACGGGGGAGAGAUGGUGUCAGUGUCAGCCUCCUUUGACGGGAAACAGCACCUGCGGACUCUGCCCGUGGUGAACAGCGUCGGGUAUGUGCUCCGCUUCCUCACCAAGCUGUGCCGGAGCCUCCUGUGUGACGACCUCUUCAGCCACCAGCCCAUCCCCAGGGGCUCCAGUGCCUCGCGGGAAGCCCAGGAGAAUGAAGAAGGCAGGAAGGAGUCAGCAAAGACAGUCACCACCGAGGAGUGCCUGGUGAACCCUGUGGGCAUGAACCGCUACUGUGUGGACCCCUCCGCCUCCACCUUUAACCACAGGGGCUCCCUGCCCACCUCCUCCUCACUGUACUGCAAGAGGCAGAUCUCUGGAGACGGUCACCUUGCGGGAGGCCCAGCCGCCACUGCCAUUGGUCCCCGUAGCAGCACCAUGUCCUCUGGAGGCACCUCAGCACCUGGUCUGAGGCCCCCGGGCUCCAGCCCCAAGAGAAACGGGACCUCGCUUGAAGGAAACAGAUGUGCCUCAAGCCCUUCUCCAGAUGGGCAGGACGCCAGGCGGUUGAGAAGCAGGAACCCCUCCACCUGGACCGUGGAGGAUGUGGUCUGGUUCGUGAAAGAUGCCGACCCGCAGGCCCUGGGGCCGCAUGUGGAGCUCUUCAGAAAGCAUGAGAUUGACGGCAAUGCUCUCUUGUUGUUGAAGAGUGACAUGAUCAUGAAGUACUUGGGCCUGAAGCUCGGACCUGCGCUGAAGCUCUGCUACCACAUUGAUAAGCUGAAGCAAGCCAAGUUCUGAAGACUUUGCAAAGACAGAAGCAAACCCAGACAACCAAUCUCAAGAUCAUCUUCUGCCUUAUCAACAUCCAGUUCCCAUCACAAAAUAGAUUCUCUUAAAAAUGACAGCCAUGCAGACUUCUUACAAGACACGUACGUCUUCACCUUUUUAAAAAUUCAACAUGGCCCUUUGGAAAGUUUCCUCAGUGUUAAUGACUUGCCAAAAAAUUGCCCAAAGUCUGUUCUUUUUUAACAUUCCUGAUAGUCUGGCUGCUCUCAGAGUGGGCCCUGUUCCUGUAAUAAGUGGGGAACUGAAUGUUGUCACCCCAGGAGAGCCCGGAAGGCUUGAGGCUAUAAGAAGGACCUGUCUCCAGGCUCUGCAGGCAUUCCUGCCGCAGCACCACCUGCCUUUAACUUUGCCCAGGCACCAUUGUGAGUCUCAACUGGUUCAGCUCUAGAAGCUGUCUUUGAGGAUAAAUGCCUCAUCUUGCACUAUCUGGAAGACUUGAAUUCUUUAGCUCUCUGAGAGACGAGGCGAAAAAACCCUUUUUAUUCCUAGUUAUCCGAAGUGCUGUGUCACUCCACUAGAGGGCGGAUUGCUAUUGAAAUUUCAGGACCCUCCGUGCAGUAGGCUGCGUGAGGAUUUGGUCCUCAGCGGCUGGGUCAGGGCGUUUGUGAAAAACACCUGCACAGACUGAGGGAAGUUAUUCCACAGUCAGCACCACAGAUUGCAACUUGUGAAGAAAUCAUCUUCUAGAAGGUACUAGUUUAUGUCGACUGAGUGAGAUGCACAGGCAGCAAAGGCAAGAAUUUGGAACCAGGAUGUUCCCAGAUGGGGCUUUGGAAUCCCUUCACUCCCAGAGUCCCUGCUGAGGUGUCAAUGUGCUGGCACGCUGAAGAGUCUCAGUGACAUUUAGCCAUGGGUGUUUCUUUUGAAAAGAAGAAAAAUGUUUCAACUAAGCUUUGAAAUGGGAGAGGGUUGAUUUCUAGUUACAUUGCUGGGUUAUGUAGUUGUAUCAGUGGCUAAUUUUUCUAGUCCUCAGCAAAUAUACAGACAUGCUAUUAUUGAACUUAAUUCAAUUUACAAAAAGGUUUUCCUUCCUCACCUCAGUGUAAUAGAAAAAAAUUGAUUUUCCACCCCUUUGCAGCUGUGUCCAGGGAAGGACGACAAAUACACAAUUUAGUAGGCAGAAGGGCAACCUCUGGCUGUUCUUUUUAUCCUCUCCCUUUCUCUUUUUUUCUUCCUGCCUCCACUAAACAGAAAAUUUGUCUUCAAAACAAAUUCACCUUUGCCACAGGUAUCUCUUCUUCCUUAACAUCGUGUUGGAGGCAAGGAGAUGAGUAGUAGACUUUGUGAUCUUCAGGGAGGUGAGGAUCACGGAAAACUCAGGGCCUCCUUUGGCCCAAACGUGAGUUAGAAAAGGCACACCUUUCUCCAAGAUGCCUGAACAGGGGUCUCCACUGAUGAGUGGAGCAGCAAGGAACUUCAACCCCACGGUGCCCUUGUGAAGGACAUAGUUUGUACAGUACUCAGUGUGAAUAUCAGGGUAGGUGUGCAUGUUGAUCCUCUGUAAAUCAGUCAGAACUUAGAUGAAGGCCAUGAGAAAUAUUCUAGACUCAUCGUGAUGAGUGACCUUUGAGAAAAUCUAACACAGAACACAAAUGAUGUGCUGGACUUAGAUCAUGGUGGAAGGAAGGGAGAAGGCCUUCCACCUGCCCACCGAACUGUGUUUGAGUUAUCAGGUUGAACGAGAAUUAACCUUCUGCCGGUUGGUUUUGGCUCAUGACAAAGCUACCCUGAAUGAGUACUUGGUGGAGUCUUCAAGAUUGUGAAGUGAUAAAUGACUCUGUCCUUCAGUGUUUCUUAGCCCUAAAUGCUCACUGCUGGUCUGAGUCCGACCAUGUGCCUCACAAAACCAUGGGCAGCUCAUGCAGUCAGCAUGGCCCCUGUGAAAACAGGGGGCCCAGAGAGUCUCAUGAUACCAUGAUUCUCACUCCACGAUUUUUGCUCAAGCCUCUGAAACUUGUGGUGUCUCUUCCAUCAACAUAUACCUCACUUAAAGACUUCCAAAAUGUCUCCUCCCUCAUUACAAACACAUAAACAUUGAUAGCCCCAAAUUAAAAUCACCCCCAAGCCUUGUCAAAGAGAUACUUUGAAUAUUUUUCAGGAGAAAAGUAUCUUCUCAUCUCCCGUCUAGGAGAAAAGUGGAUCCACGUUCACUGCAAUGGCGCUCACGGAGGUGCUGUCUUAUGUCGCAUUAAACUUUAAUCAGGACAGAUGGCUGAAGCCAUGAUAUUUAAGGUUUGACUUUUUAAAAAUCUCAUUACUCUUAAAAUGAAUGCUGCCAUAUCAGAGAAUAACCCCAGGAGGAAAUUCUUCCUUGUCUGUUUUUCCACUGAGAUGCAAUUAGUUGACCAAAUUAUUGUAGCAAUACCACAGUUAUAAUUAAUUUUCACCCCUUUCAAAAAUCGUGUCAAACCACGCAGCUAAAUAGCUUAGCAAAUGUAAAACAUGCCAGACCGUUUCCUCUAAACAGACCUGAAACAGCCAGGCCGUGGGUGUCAUCCUCGUCCAAAUGCGAGCUUAUUCAGGGGGGGCGGGGGGCCUCACACUUGCACAAAUAUGGCACUCGUUAUUCCAUGGCAGUAGCUUACUUCAGGUUGUAGCAAAUAAUGACAUCGUUUUGCAUAAAACCAAAUUAAAGUGGUGUAUGUGUGUAUGUUCGCAUUCCAGAC